AUGAACCCGCCUCCUGGAUUAGGUGAUGAUGAUGACAAUUAGAUUGGCCCACCUCCUGGCAUUGACAUACCAUAGAAGAAGAAGUUCCAUGUGAAUAAAAAACAAAGUCAAUAGUUUUAAUAGACUUCAUUGGAAUCAUUGAAUUUGGAAUUGAAAGUCACAGUAUAGGAUUAAUAAUUUGAUUAAAUUCCAAUUAGUGAGGAUUAUUUAGAGCCUUCUAUGAAUAACCUUAUAGCAUUUAAUGGGUAUUUGUGUGAUACGGCUGGAUCAGACUCAUUAGCAAUUUGGGACAAAGAAAUGAAAUUGAAAAAAGAAUACAAGGGAUUGAUAGAAAAUAUGCCUUAUUAAUUGGUGGCAGUUCAUGAUAAGAUCUACUUAAUUUUUGGGGACAUAUUAAUGAUGAUAGAGCCUGAAACCAACAAAAAGACAAUCCUGAUUGAAUAAGCACUUACAGCAUUUUGUGUAUCAGAUCAUCCUAAUCCAAGAAUCAUAGGUGUCUAAGAUGGGGAACUCAUGUUAUGGAGAACAUCCAAUUUGGGAAAACCAAAUCAAAUGGAACCAAAAUACAACAAUUUCUAACCAAAAACCAAUAAAGUGAUUGAAUUAUAAAAAGUACUAUCAGACAAAUUCGAUGAGUGUGAUGAUCUACUCAUGUUGCAAAAUGGAUUGGUUUUUGGCAAAUAGUAAAAGGUAGGCGAAGUGUUCAUUAUCGAUUUUGAAAAUGAUUAAUUGGAGGAACUCUAAACUACUUAUGGUUGUGCAGUGACAUGUUGGACUCCCAUCUCAUAUGAUUCUGUAGCCUUUGCUUCCAAUGGUUAGAUUGUGAUCACAAAAUUCUAAUCUAAUAAAUCGGCUAUAGUUUAAAUCAUCCUGAAUUCUUCAAAGGAUGACAUUCAUCAUGGUUUAUGUUAUACCAACAGUUAACUGUUUUCUAUUAGUAAGAAUGCAGUAGUGACUAGUUGGAACAUUGUGUUGGGAACAAAAACGAAGACGUUUGAGGUCAAAUUUUGUCCUGGUGUUUAUUCUCUAAUUGCUAUGAAUUAAGAAAUCAUAAUAGCUGAACACAAAAUUAAGAAGGAUUUCAUUUUGUUGAAUACUAAUUUAGAGAAGCAAUUCUUUUACAAGGCGAGGGUAAAACAAGUUUUGCAUUGUUGUUCAAGUCCAAACCAGUAAUUUUUGGCUGUUGUUCAGAAGUGUGGAUUACUUUAUGAUGAAGAAGUGAUCUUCCACAUUGAGAUAGAAAUCUAUCCCUUUGACAAUAAAUUGGAAUUCUAAAGAAGAAAGGAGAUUGACAAUCUUGAGAUCAAGACUGUCAUGUUUCUCAAUGAUUCUACUAUACAAUGCAUUCUCAAGAUCUCCAAAAGUGUUUAUCCUCUCCUUGUGAAAUGGAACUUUAUAACUAAUGAAUACAGUGAAUAAGAAAUGCUGGUUGAGAAAUAUAAGAGUUGUCAAUUAUAUCAGAAUAGAUCGGUGUUUAGUUAUGACUUUCAUAAUCCCCCUUCUCAGUAGUUCAAUCUCUUUGCUCCCAAAAGAGUCGAUGAUCAGAAUCAAAGUACUGGUAUUAGUGUCUAUGAUGAAAACAUCAAGCGUUUAUUGAAGGUUUAAUUUUAAUAGUAAUUCAACGCUGAUGUAUUUGGUAUGCCAACACCAGAUUUAUUGUAUUUUUUAAAUAACAAGAAUCAGAUUGAAGUAUGGGAUGUAGUGACCUGUUAAUAGGUUCAGAAGGCUGAUUGUAGACCAAGCGUUAUCAAGUAGAUAAAGUUCUCUUCAUAGUAUUUGUUUUUAAAUGCUCAAUCGGAAUGGAUAAUAAGAGAUUUGAAAUUGGCAUAGAUUUGCAAAACAAAGGGAGAGAUUAUAAACAAGUGUCUGUUUUUAGAUAAGAAAUGCAUUAUUAAUUUGAGAUCAAACUUGUAUGAGUGGGAUUUGUUGAGUAAUCAAUGCAAAUAGAUUCCACUUUUUAAAGUUUAUGACUUCUGCAUUAUUUAAGACAAGAUACUAGCUAUUGGUGAGUCAACUAUAAAGUUAAUUUGA